UUUCUGCUUCCUUUCUCUCCACUAGAGCUUGCUUCUUUCACCAAAAUUUGCAAAAGAAAUGCUGGCACCUACGGCAGCCGUAAAUGGCAUUCCUCCAAAAGGAAAUGAGGACGAUGUGAUGAUUGAUACAACAGGCAACACAACCGAAGUUACUGAAACAAGGGGCGACAGCACAAUGGACAUUGAAGGUGCUCCUAGGUUCGCACCUGUUCAACCAAAAAUAGAAAAAAAGCGUGGGUUAAAGCCUCAAACGAGAAAGGUUCCUAUCCCCCCUCAUAGAAUGACUCCUCUCAGAAAUGUAUGGCCCAAGCUUUAUCCACCUUUGGUUGAACAUUUAUUCCUUCAAGUUCGUAUGAACGUUAAGGCUAGAGCAGUAGAAUUACGUGAAAGCAAAGCCACAAGUGAUCCUGGAGCUUUGCAAAAGGGCAUGGACUUUGUGCAAGCAUUUGCCCUCGGUUUUGACGUUGACGAUGCCAUCGCUCUCUUGCGUUUGGAUGAUUUAUAUAUUGAUACCUUUGAAAUCAAAGAUGUGAAAACUUUGCAGGGUGAUCAUUUGAGCCGUGCCAUUGGUCGUAUCGCUGGACAAGCAGGGAAAACCAAAUUCGCUAUCGAAAAUGCUUCUCGUACAAGAAUCGUAUUGGCGGAUAGCAAAAUUCACAUUUUAGGUGGUUACAGCAAUCUUCGUAUUGCCAAGGAUGCUGUCGUGUCCUUAAUUCUCGGUUCUCCUCCUGGUAAAGUGUACGCUAAUCUUCGCAGUGCCGCUGCUCGAGCUAAAGAGCGUUUCUAAUUGCAUGUAAAGUUAGUCGGCAAACAUGUGGAUUUUUAAGGAAAAAUAGCAGACAUUUUAUGUGAAUUCCUUCUUUUUCUUCAGUUUUACAUAAAAUAGGAAAUGAAAGAACUGGAAUCACAGAUUACGAGCUUUGGAUAAAAAGGUUGUCUUCAUUUCUCUAAAAUGUUUUUUAUUCUAUUUUGGACAGGGUUGAUUCUAUUAUUUAGUUUUGGGUUUAUUAAUGUUAAAAGGAAUAUUCCAUAUACCUAAUGGAUUGUUUUGAAUAAUCAAUUAUCAAUAAUUUUAAUAGCAUCUCUUGUACUGU